AGAUUCUGGUUACUGUAUUCAUCGCAACGUUUUUUUUCCGGAAAUGAUCCUGCAAAACCCUAAUUGUCGACGGCUUUCGAAGUUUCAGAAUGAUUAAUGGUGGUGAUGAUUAUGCAGCACCACCAGCAGGUUUCCUCUGCAGUGGCGCCACCACAGCCGAAUCUUCCUCCGUCUUCUUCGGCCUCCAAUCUUAGAACCCCUACACCUUCUGCCCCGCCGCAAUCUCAACUCCCUUCCCCUCUCUCUGUGGUCUCACGUCAGCCCCUUACAUCACCAGCUGUGGAUCAUGUGAUUGGCUCAGUGGUGCCCCUUGCGGCCGCCCAUCCCUCUGGAGAGCCUCUGUUGACGAUAGGGGGUUCGCUGGGGAGAGUACGGCUGUCGGAUAUCUCGCCAUAUGAUGGGGCCCCGGCGGGACCCUAUGUUAGGGCUGUGGAGGCGCUUUCGGGGUCGUUGAUGAGGCAUAAUGCUGCUAUUAUUGAAUUGGGGAGUGAGGACGCUGCGUUGUUGCGUUGCGGCUUGGAAGCUGCACGCUUGUACUUUCGAAGCAGGGCGCAGACUAGUGGAAAGGGAAGCCGUGGAGUUUAUAUGUACAGAGCUGGAAGGGCUUUGGAAGAUUGGGACUCUUCUCCCCCCUGUAUGGCUGAUAUUUUUAGGAGCAUGGGAAAGGCAGCUCGUGCUGCUUUGUGUGCUAUAUCAAGACACCUUCGUUUGCGAAGCGAUGUUUUCAACCAUUUACUUGAUGAUACUCCAUUGCCUGCCAAUGAGGUUUCCUCCUCAGUUCUUGUUGCAACCUACUCUCACAUAUCUUUUCAAAAUGGAAAAGGAGCUAUUGGGGGAGGGAAGCCAGGGAUAAAUGGUGAAGUUGAGAAAGGGUUGUUGACAUUAAUUUCUUCUGACAGUCCUGGUCUACAGGUUUGUGACCCCAAUGGUCGUUGGUACCUAGCAGAUGGUGGAUUAGCUCCAGGGGAUCUUUUGCUUGUUACAGGGAAAGCCCUUAGUCAUGCUACAGCUGGCUUUCGUCCUACUGCCUCGUACAGGGCGGCUCCUGAUUGCUUCUCAGGCACUAAUACUGGUGGCAGGACAUCACUAGCAUUUAGGCUCAUGCCACAGAGUAAUGCUGUAUUAGAUUGUUCUCCAGUUGCAGCAGCUGGUCAUGUAAUUUCUCAGAACUAUUUACCAAUAUCUGUUAGCCAGUUUAUGGAUGAACUUUCUGCUGAAGAAGAUGUAUUGUGCAAUCAAUCUGAUAAUACCUAUGUAGUAACCAAUUUGAACAAGGACCCUUCAUUAAGAAGUGUUCUCUCAGAUCCCUUGUCUGGUUCAUUCCUUGAAGAUGCUGUCGUUGUUACAUGUGGACAUUCUUUUGGUGGUCUCAUGCUGAGGAGAGUCCUUGAAAUGUCUAGAUGUACUCUCUGCAGUCAAGAAAUUGACAAAGGUUCUCUGAUCCCUAAUCAUGCUCUACGAGCUGCAGCCGCAGCUGUCAAGCAAGAGGAUGAUCGAAGGCUAUUCCAUAAUGCAGCUCUCCGUAAGCGUCGAAAGGAAAUGGGUGAACAAAUAGAUCCAAUAAGGAGAUCAAACAGGGAGAAUGGAGAUGCUGCUGAUGAUGGGUUACAUAGGGGCGUUCAAUAUCCUUUUUCUGUUAAUGAGAAGGUGCUAAUUAAGGGAAACAGAAGGACCCCCGAUAAAUUCGUUGGGAAAGAAGCCAUUAUUACAUCCCAGUGUCUCAACGGCUGGUAUUUGCUUAAGAUUGUUGACACUGGAGAGAACGUCCGCCUACAGUAUCGUUCUCUCCGUAAGAUCUCAAACACUCAAACCAUCGAAGAUAGAUGUUCCUCUCAGCCAAUUCCGAACAGUAGCUCAUAGAUAUAUUUAUAUAGAUAUCUUUCCACACCCAGAUAUGUCAUGUCAUGUAUCUUCUUUUCUUCUGUUGGAAGUUAGGUUAUUUCCCCCCACCCCAGGUUCCUGCUAGAAGCUUGUAAAGAAAGAGGAAUACAUUCUGGAGAAUAUAACACGGCCCUUGCUUCCCAUGUAACAUGAGGUUGUUCCCCCCCUUUUUUU